GAGAGGCGUGCUAACAGAAUCAGUGCUUGAACAGCAACUUCUCUUUUGCAAUCCUUGCUGGUCUGACAGGCUCCUGCAGAAUUACAUCACUUCCUAAAAAACAGGCAAACACCUCUCCUUCAAGUCAGCACCGACCCAAACAAGCAGGAAACAGGAAAUGUUCACGUUUCAGGGAGGCUGCAACCCGGCGCAGCAUCCUGAGCGCGCCUCCGCCGAGGCGAGCGGACAUGCAGGCUCCCCGCGCAGCCCUGGUCUUCGCCCUGGUGAUCGCGCUCAUUCCGGUCGGCCGGGGUAAUUUUGAGGAAUUCGAACACUCAGGAGAUACAACUGAGGAAUCCGAAAGACCAAAUGAAGUGACUUCUCCAAGCAUAUUUGCUGCAGUGACCGCCACAGAAACAUUAACUGCAAAUAUAAAUUCUACCGACAUUGCUCCGGAUGAAAAUCAGUUGCAGUUUAUACUGAUGGUGUUGAUCCCUUUGAUUUUAUUGGUGCUCUUACUUUUAUCUGUGGUAUUCCUUGCAACAUACUAUAAAAGAAAAAGAACUAAACAAGAACCUUCUAGCCAAGGAUCUCAGAGUGCUUUACAGACAUAUGAACUGGGAAAUGAAAACGUGAAAGUCCCUAUUUUUGAGGAAGACACACCCUCUGUUAUGGAAAUUGAAAUGGAAGAGCUUGAUAAAUGGAUGAACAGCAUGAAUAGAAAUGCCGACUAUGAAUGUUUACCUACCUUGAAGGAAGAGAAGGAAUCAAAUCACAACCCAAGUGAUAAUGAAUCGUAAACCUGAAUGGCGCUCAUGUUUUCCAAGAGAAGCAACCCCUGAGGAAGUCCGCUGAGCCUGCCAACUGAGGAUGAAGAGGAUACAAAUUUAAUUAAUUUCAAAACAACAUAGACACAAGAACCUUUUGCUGUUUCUUCCAACGCCCACUCUUCCUAAUGAUGGCAUCACUUGCACUUGGAAGAAUGUGCAAUUGAGAAGUACUAGGAAAAGGCCUGGCUGCCAUCCAUCGCUGCCUCUGAGGGUGGAGAAGGAGGCGGGUGAUGUGCGCACUUCUGAUCAAUGCGCGUUGCCUCCUCUCAGCCAGCUUCUAGCUCACUGCACUCACUGCUCAUGCUAAAUGUUCGUCACCUUUCUGCUUCAUUCCUUAGGGCCUGAAUCAGGAAGCCGUUUUAUCAAUGGUUUCCUUUGGGGCCACUAACCAGCUUUGGAUAAUUUCCUCUGAUUAUUCAAGUCCUCAGACAGGUAAACUACAUUCAGCAGAACUUUUCUCGAGGAGUGUUAGGUCAUGGAAAAGACACCAAACACAGCGAGUGUUUUAAUGAAAACACCAUCCCAGGGGGUCAGUAUGCUCUGCCUGCCAAGAAGACACAGUGAGAGGGUCCACAGUCCUGAUGAGAUGGCGUUUGGUAACUUGUAGACCCUGACAUGGCCAGGUCUGGUCACCCUUAAGAACUUCUCAGAGAAACUAGGAAUCUUCGGUGAAAGAACUUAUGUACUCCUCAGCUGAAAUUCCCUUGCUUGUCAGCAUUUCUGCAAAGCUCACACUUGUUUCACCAUCCCUCCCUUGGAUGUGACAUGUGGGUAGGAAGUAUGUGCAGGUAGGAGUCAUCUGUCAGCCUAUGUUUCAGAGAUUCUGAAGGUGGUUUGAAACAAACAGAAGAGGAGCAGGAAAUAUCUGUGCCCGUGGCAGGUAUCACUCAUCAUGCUUAGCAUUCUCUCCUGCCAAGCUGGGAUAAGCCUCAUGUCCUAACACAGCACCCCAGGAGGUCUCUGUCAAUCCAUCAGAGAUGACAUUCUAUGUGGUAUUUUUGACAUCCUUGUGCUAAAAGCAAUGGCACAAAAUGGAAAAGGGCCCACUGACCACACCUACUCCAAUAAAAUCGAUUUCCAUUUAUUCCUUAAUUUUCUAAAUCUGACCCCUUUAAAUCAAUCUAGCAAAUUGAGAGUCCUCAGCUCUCCUUGGAUACCUGAUAUUUUAUUUCAAGAAAGACAAAGAAGGAAAAUUUUAUUCAUUUUACUACCCACAUAUAAACCAAGGGGAGAUGGGACUACCCAAACAUUUGCUGCUCAGUUUUGUGUCUUGUGCUUGAAAGUCUGCCCUAAUGCAUAACAAAAAGUACUUGUCUUCUACCUUUUGGGAUCCCUUUAACAAGUAUUUGCCUUCUGAACUACGUGGAUAAUUUUAAAGGCAGAGUUCCAGACCAGAAAGGUCUUUCCAUACAAUGAAAGCUAUAACUAGCUGGUUGUGUUUAACCACUGUUAUCACGCUAUCCUGGGACUGCAUAGAGCUUUGACAAAAGACAGACUUCAUGGUACAUAACUUCAACAGAUUUGUCUGUCAUAUUCUCACCAGCACAUCUGAAUGAGGCUUUGUGUUUUCCUUGCUCUCUUGCAUGUUCCUUUUCAACUCAUGGCCCACAGUGACUCUCAGAUAUUUAUGCCAAAAUUGCAUACAAUUGUUUUCUGAAUCAUAACUUGUCUAUUUUUCUGCCUAUGUGUGCUACUUCCAGUUUGUUUCUCAUCAACAUUUUGACUCUCCGAAGAGCCUCCAUUUGCCUCUUUCUCUCUUUAGGUAUCUAAGAUCUUUGAACGCUUGGGCCUUUACAUUUGAUCCAACCCUAUCAAAUAACGAACUUUUAGAAGUUCAGAGAAGUAUCUGGGGUCCUGGAAUCUCAUGUUGAUGAAGUCAUAUUUUAUAAUAUGAUAAAAAUAUUAUCAUUCAGUAUUUUACAUAAUUCCAAUUCUAGAAGAAGCAAAUUUCAGUGACAUGUCAUUGAGUUUUUAUUUGGUAAAGCUAUACUUGUGCAGUGUACAAAUCACUUUUUAAGAAGAUGCUUUGUUCUAUCAAGGCAUAUGAAGUUAGUAUAUGGCCACAACAGUCAAGCCUCAAUUCUUGUACCUUGUGUCUUUUUAUUACCGUUUAAUCAAUAGAUAUCAUAUGUUUAUGACAGUUUCAAGAAUUGUUUUUAAACCCAAACUUAAUUUUAUGUUUCAGACUAUUGUUAGAAAAGCAAAACAGAACAAAAAACCAAAAACUCCCUCACUAAUUUGCCCUAAUAGCCAAUCAGAACAAAAUCUGACUUUAGAAUAUUUAGCAGAUAUGUAAGUUUGAUUGCAUUUUUGUACAUUUUAAGCAAACUAGGUUAACAACAACAUAGCCUAGUCAAACUUCUCAGGAAACUUGUUUUAAUAAACAUGUAAAAAUACCCA